CGAGGGAGGAAUAACUUAUGGACUCACUUCGGUUAUUCAAUCAAAAACCGACUAAUAUUUACGAAAAAGGAAACUUUACGAUCCGCGCAUUUUAUCCUCUUUCUGACUUAGCGGUGGGGACAAAAAAGAAAAGUGAUGCGGAGUUGGGAGACUUGGAUUUCUUUGCAUGCGGUGUAAAAGCUGACGAGGGGGCUCGGAAGAAAUCAUUAUUUCACCCCGCAGCGCAAUAAGGUCAGCUAACUAACCGGCCAGCAACUUCACUCGAGGCGCUUUGGAAACUUUUUCUUUUCUUCGGGAUUAUAAUUCACUGUAUUCGGCCCGAAAGUGGAGUAUGAAUAAAUCCUGUAAUCCACCAUUUUCUUGGAGAGUUACGAAAACUGCCCUGGAAUAAGGAAUGCAGCAGACGGAGUGACUCUGAAGGCGUCCGGGGAAAAAAGACGAGUCGGUUCCGUUUCACGCAGCGGCAAAAAUCAGCGCUACCUUUUUUAUUUUGUUUGUCGACGACUAACGAUUAUAUAAUUAUUCGGAGUUUUGGUUAACUAUUUUCUCCAGUUGGAGUAAACCGGCUGCUGGUAUCAUGGCGGUGGGGGGAAGCUGGCGGUGCCUUUGGAUAACGGGCUGCGCGCUGGUGGCGGUUCUGGUUCUGGUUCCGCCGUGUGCGGGGCAGUACCACGGAGAGAAAGGCAUCUCAAUCCCCGAACACGGUUUCUGCCAGCCCAUCUCCAUCCCUCUGUGCACCGACAUCGCCUACAACCAGACCAUCAUGCCUAACCUUUUGGGUCACACCAACCAGGAGGACGCCGGGCUGGAGGUCCACCAGUUCUACCCGCUGGUGAAGGUGCAGUGCUCGAUGGACCUCAAGUUUUUUCUGUGCUCCAUGUAUGCCCCGGUGUGCACGGUCCUGGAGCAGGCCAUCCCCCCGUGCCGUUCCCUGUGUGAGCGUGCACGGCAGGGCUGUGAGGCUCUCAUGAACAAAUUCGGGUUCCAGUGGCCGGAGCGGCUGCGCUGCGAGAACUUCCCUGUGCACGGCGCAGGGGAUAUCUGUGUGGGUCAGAACACAUCAGACACCGACGUCCCCACAUCAGAUCCCACCCCCAAGAUCCCUGACCCUGUGACCUUGCCGCCAUUCAUCGGCCGCCCCGCCCAGCCCUUCUCCUGCCCCCUGCAGCUCCAGGUGCCCUCAUACCUCAACUACCAGUUCCUGGGAGUGAAGGACUGUGGCGCGCCCUGCGAGGUGUCCAAGCCCAAUGGACUCAUGUAUUUCCGUGAAGAGGAGUUGAAAUUUGGCAGGUUGUGGGUCGGUAUUUGGUCGAUUUUAUGCUGUGUGAGCACCCUGUUCACCGUGCUCACAUACUUGGUGGACAUGAGGCGGUUCCGCUACCCGGAGCGGCCCAUUAUCUUCCUGUCAGGGUGUUACUUCAUGGUGGCUGUUGCCUACACGGCUGGUUUCCUGCUGGAGGACAAGGUGGUGUGCAUAGAUAAAUUCAAAGAGGACGGCUACAAGACGGUGGCCCAGGGCACCAAGAAAGAGGGCUGCACUAUUCUCUUCAUGAUCCUCUAUUUCUUUGGCAUGGCCAGCUCCAUCUGGUGGGUUAUCCUGUCGCUAACGUGGUUCCUGUCAGCGGGGAUGAAGUGGGGCCAUGAAGCCAUUGAGGCCAACUCCCAGUACUUCCACCUGGCGGCCUGGGCCGUCCCGGCGGUCAAGACCAUCACCAUCCUGGCCAUGGGUCAGGUGGACGGCGACCUGCUGACCGGCGUGUGCUACGUGGGCAUCUACAACGUGGAUGCCCUGCGUGGCUUCGUCCUGGCACCGCUCUUUGUCUACCUCUUCAUCGGGACGUCCUUCCUGUUGGCGGGCUUUGUGUCGCUGUUCCGCAUCCGCACCAUCAUGAAGCAUGACGGCACCAAGACGGAGAAGCUGGAGAAGCUGAUGGUGCGGAUUGGCGUGUUCAGCGUGCUCUACACUGUGCCUGCCACCAUCGUCAUCGCCUGCUACUUCUACGAGCAGGCCUUCCGCGAGCAGUGGGAGCGGACCUGGCACAUGCAGACGUGCAAGCGCUUUGCCGUGCCAUGCCCGGCGGGCAACUUCGCGCCGAUGACGCCUGACUUCACGGUCUUCAUGAUCAAGUACCUGAUGACAAUGAUCGUGGGCAUCACGUCGGGCUUCUGGAUCUGGUCAGGAAAGACGCUGCAGUCUUGGCGCCGGUUCUACAAGAGGCUCGGCACCAACAACCAGGGAGAGACGACGGUGUAGUGUGUGUGGUGGGGUGGGGGGAGGUUGAAGUAAAUGAGAACCAUAAGUGAGGGUUGAAUUAGAACCCAGGCGUUGACUUGGACUUGUUAUGGACGCUGGACUCCGUUUCUAAAAAAGAAUAAACGAUGUUGUGCGGAGAACGUCCUGUCUGGCUCACUGAGCGUCUAUUUUUUUUGUUUUGUUUUUUUGACUGAGCCUUUUGUUCGCCAAGAGGACGGGUGGAAAUCUGGCAUGCGGGCUCUCUGAGUCCUCUUUCAAACCCUGAGACGGAGAGAGAGAACUGAGUCGAGCUAUUGAAACAUGAAUAUGAUGCCCUGGAGGACAUGCCAUAUCCAAAGGACUAUUUUUAUAUUUGAUCCUCUGACACAAUGAAAGUCUGUUUUUUUUGUUUUUUAUUCAGCUUUCUUGGUUUCCCGCCCCAGUCCAUAUGUGUAGUUUUUAUUUUUUCAUAUUCAUAUACAAAUCAAAGACACAAUUUUCAGACCUUGUGGAAUAAAGCCCACCUGUGCCAUUUUCAUGCCCCCCGCUCCCCUUAUUACCUGUUUGUUCAUUACAAAAGACAAGUUAAAGGCUCUGGAAUGUGUUUUCUCCCCUCAUGAUUGUGUUUUUGCUCAUUGCUGCUGGUUUUUAUUCGACACAAGACAAACUCCACAAGCAUCCCCCGAACUAUCACAUGUCCCAGACUGAACGGACAGAGAAAACUCAAUUUUAAAGGGGAGUUAACGUCAGGCUUGUGUAAAAGCUGUCAGCAAAAAAAAAGGAAAAAAGAAAAAAGAAAAGAAAAAAGCAAAACUGCCUCAUUUAUAGCUCCACAUAUUUUGUAAAUAUACACUCUUCGAAAAGAAAUGUAUUUAUGAGAAUUUAAUUGUUUUUUCAAUUUAAAAAAUGCUACACAGCUUGUACUUGUACAGUUUUACAGAAUAAAAUGGUACAGUUUUUAAA